AAGGAAUAAUUAAAAAACAGUACAAGUUCGCAGUUUUUACCGGUUAGAUUUUUUUCCGGAAUCCUGAUAUAUUUGCGUCGUUAAUAAGAUUCGUUUAAUCGUAAGAAUAGAACGUAAGAACGUCCUUAUAUUUGAAUUAUUCUUAUUAAUGUAAUGUUUAUGACUGUCAAAGGUUAUUAACGUUUACUCCUGUGCGAAAGGAUCAUAUACAUCGAUGCUGAAAGUAAGAGAUACAAUGAUACGACAGCUUAUACACAAACUUUAUAUACAACGCUAAUUCGAUCAGUCGUUCGUUAUUUAACAUCGAAGAAAAUUAUGGCGUCGAGCAAUCUUGAAAUAAAAUUAUCUUUCGAAGACGAGAAACAGAAGUUCUUGAACAUGCCGAUAGAAGAAAAGAGAAACUUUUAUAAAUCAAAUGUAAACACCGUGGAUGGAAUAACAACAUGGGCUGAAUAUUGGACCAAAAAGAAAUAUGAUAGCAACGUUAAAGCUUCGAAGGAAGUUGAAAAGGGUGAUGCCGAGGAAUUGGCCAGCAAGAUUUCCAUUUGGCAGGGAGAUAUUACCACUCUCGAGAUAGAUGCGAUUGUCAAUGCUGCUAACUCGCGUCUUGUGCCUGGCGGAGGAGUCGACGGUGCUAUACACAGAAGAGCAGGAUCCUUUUUGAAAAUAGAAUGCGCAACGUUAGGAGGAUGUCCUGUUGGCGAGGCUAAAAUCACUGGAGGAUAUAUGUUGCCAGCUAAAUACGUUAUUCAAACUGUCGGUCCACAAGGAGAGAAGCCGGACAAAUUGAGGGAAUGCUAUAAAAAUAGUCUUCUUCUGGCAAAAGAGAAUAAUUUAAGAACCAUUGCGUUCCCAUGCAUAUCUACUGGAAUUUAUGAUUAUCCGCAAAGACCAGCAGCCGAAGUGGCCAUAUCUACGGUCAAACAAUUUCUUCUUGAUAAUAAAAACUCCAUGGAUCGAGUAAUCUUUUGCCUCUUCUUAGACAGCGAUAAAGAAAUAUACGAGGAUCUGUUACCAAAAUAUUUCGGUCCUAAUUGAAUACGUCCUAGCGAUAUAAUUUACAUUUAGAAAUGAUAAAAGUAGCUAGCGUGAUCGAAUAAAAUUGUAUUUAAAUAUC